AUGGGGAUUAGCGCUCAGUUCGCCAUUGAUCCAGCACUGAUGAAUCCUUUCGCUAACUUCGUACCACUGGCGCCAGCAUCGACCGGCUUGUCCCUGAAUUCAUUUGCGAACUUCCCAUUUGAAGUCAAUAACAACACCUCGUUCGCUGGGUUCCCAAAGGUAAGUGUACCAUUCGGGCCGCUAUUCCAAGGAACCCAAGCAUUCAAUGCUUUCCCUCUUGGUGGUAAUCGUAUGGGACCUAUCUCUCAACUAACGGCCCAUCCUUCUCUAGCACCAACCGCAGCACCACGUUCAUACCUCAACUUCCUCCGGCAUCGAGCACAGAACCAAGCCCGAAAGCCUUUCAUUCAGCGCUUGGCCAACUCUCAACGCUGUCCUUUGCCUUUCGACUUUGGCGCCGGGAAUGAGGAUUCCUAUCCAGAGAUAUACGCUUUGGAUAGGCUUGAUAUCGUGGGUGGUAGGAAACCUCAAAAGGCUCACAAGCUGCCUGAGAAUCUACAGAACUCCCAGCGUCACCCUCUGCCUUUCCGCUUUGAAGAACCCGAGGAUGAAGAUUCUUACUCUGAAAUGCUCGCCUUGGAUGAUCGCGAAGUCGUGAAUAUCAAGGGCGCCCGAAAGGGGGACAAGCUGGUCAACAAGCUAUCAAAAGGGAAAUUACUGCGUCAAGAGAUCCCCGCCUCAAUGAAAAAGGCUGGAAUCAAGCGUAAGGCACCCAUCGACAGCGGUUCCCGAACAGAAGAGCAGCACGCCUCACCCGCGAAGGUCCGUCGAAUCAACGAAGAAGCCCCUCAAAGCUUUCAACCUCGACCUGUUACCCGCGUUGAGGCUCUGAAGAAUUAUGCCCCAAUUGCACCGAUGCAAAGGGCAACACCUCAGCCAGCUCGAGCACCGGCUCCAACUUCAAACCCAACUGCAAAGCCCAUUUUUAAGCUUGCCCCAGGCAGAGGAAACGAGCGAGCACGCUUGGGAGUUGCAGAGGAGACCGUGAACGCUUUCCAGCCUUCUCGAAGCUUUCAAACUCAACCGCAACCUGCUGCCAGAGUUGGGCCUUUUGAACGUUGGGUCCCAUUGGUACCAAAGCCAGCUUCAAAGCCAACUCCAGAGCCAACAAAGCCUAUCCUCAAGCCAGUUGAGCCUUUUAAACGUUGGAUCCCAUUGGCACCAAAGCCAGCUCCAAAGCUAACAAAACCCAUCCUCAAGCUCGCCCCCGUAACCAUAGAACUCGACGUAAGCGAGUUCCCUACCUCCUUCCCCUUAUCCUCCCCCUUAUCCUCCCCAUCCUCCCCACCCUACUCCCCCUCCCCCUCAGUCCCCUCCUCCUCCGGCUCCGAGCACCCACCAGGAGCACUACGCAGAGGGUCCUCCAUCGGCUCCGAUCCCUUCGCGGACUGGCAUGGGGACGAGGAGAUAUUCUCUCAACCCCGAAGACUACGAUCCUCGGCUACUCCUUCCGUCUCGCCCAAGAGUCAAGUGUCUCCGCGUCGACGACGUGCGAGAGUCUCUCGUAGCGUGUCGUCCACGAGACGAUCAGCUCGCAUUCGUACGGAGAGCCGGAAGAAGAGAGAGGCGUCGGGGGAGUUGGGGGGUGAGGCGAAGAAGGUGAAAUGUUAG